AAAUGGCUCUUUUAAAUUCCUGAAAAGGGAUAGAGGCGAAAAACCACAUGGAUGUGCAAUAUGUGGUAAAAUGUUCAGUACAAGCAGUUCAUUAAAUACACAUGUUAGGAUUCAUACUGGUGAACGUCCUCAUGAAUGUCCAAUGUGUGGGAAGCGUUUUACAGCAUCAUCGAAUUUAUAUUACCAUCGCAUGACGCAUUAUAAGGAGAAACCACAUAAGUGUGAUGAAUGUGGACGAUCUUUUCCAACUCCCGGUGAUUUAAGAGCUCAUGGAUAUUCUCAUACCGGUAAUUGGCCUCUACGUUGUUCCAUCUGUAAUAGGGGAUUUUGCAAAUUCGGCGCAUUGCAUCAUCAUAUGAAAUCACAUGGUGAUCGUUCUUAUUACGAUAUCUACAAUCAGAAGUCUCCCGUCAUCAAUGAUUUACGAAUUCAUGAGCGUUUACAGCAUUUGAAUGUGUCAAAUAAUAAUGCAGCUGAUUAUACGAGUACACAGAAUAGUAUUUCAAGCAUAGAGAUUAUCAAGUUUGAAGGUUUCAAUAACAAUUACAUACAAUUACCUACAAUGUAUCCAUGGCCUUCUCUUUCUUGGAUGCCAUUACAAUUCUCAAAUUAA